GCCAAAGGGGGAAGCGCGAGUCCGCUCCACCCGCCCGACCUGGGGGCGGGCGGCCGGCGGGCCGACGGCUUCCCCGCCGCUGCGACUGGCGGUAGUGGCGGCUGGGGAGAAUGGCUGCGACUGCGUGCGGCUCCCCGACUAGCCGGCCGCCCCAAGAGGAGCCUCCGGAGGCAGCGGCUGGGCUGGCGGCGGCGGCCGGGGCUCGCAAGCGGGGCGGCGACGCGCGGCGGAGGCAGGCCGCCCUCUUCUUCCUCAACAACAUCUCCCUGGACGGGCGGCCGCCGUGCCCGGCGCCCGGCAAGCCGUCGCAGGGGCAGUCCGCCCUACUCGCCUCGACGGCCCCGGGGGAGCCUCAGCAGCCGCCCCCGCCGCCGCCCCCGCGGCCGGAGGAAGAGGCAGGGGGAGCGGCGUCGGCGGAGCCCGCGCCCCGCCUCCUGCUGCCGCCGCCCCCCCACGGGCCCCCGCCGGGGUUCCCGCUGCCCCUCAAGACUGAGCUGGACCCUUCCCGAGGGCUGGGCGCGGCCGCUGCCCUCCUCCCCCAGCUGCUGCUGGGCAGCCCGCUCUGCCCGGUGCCUGCCGCCGCCGUUAGCCCGGCCGCCCUGGCAGGGGUGUUGGUGGGGGCCCCCAGGACGGGCAUCGCUCCCCCCGGACUGCUGAGCCCCAACCAGGGCGCCCCUGUUGGAGGAGGAGGAGGAGGACUACCUGUGGAGGUGCCGAGGCAAAGAACGAAGCACAUAUCCGGGUCUCCGCGACACAAAGGCUUGAAGAAAGUACAUUUCAUCAAGAAUAUGAGGCAAUACGACACGCGGAACAGCAGGAUAGUGUUAAUUUGCGCAAAACGAACCCUUUGUGUGGCUUUUUCUAUCCUACCUUACGGAGAGAGCUUAAGGAUCAGUGAGCUGAGAAUAGAGGGCCAGAAGCAGAGGCAUCCGUCAGGGGGAAUUUCAGCCACUACAGAGAUGGUGUUAGGAAUGGAAGGCGUGGAACUAGGUGCAGAUGGCAAGGUGGUGUCUUAUGCAAACUUCUUGUACCCAACCAACGCUCUUGUGGGCCACAAAAGUGAUGGCAUCAGUGCUGUUUCCAUAUGUCGAGCGACUGCAUCCCGAACAGUAGGAGGAUCGAGGUACAAGCCUUCAGCAGCCAAAACCAUCCCUUCCACAGCAGAUCUGGGAAAUGAAGUGGGAGAGUUAGCAGAAUACAAUCCCAAUUUGCUCGAUGACCCACAGUGGCCGUGUGGGAAACACAAACGUGUCCUGAUCUUUGCAUCAUACAUGACCACCGUGAUUGAAUACGUAAAACCCUCAGAUCUUAAAAAGGAUAUGAAUGAAACGUUUAAAGAAAAAUUUCCUCACAUCAAGCUCACGCUAAGCAAAAUCAGAAGUUUAAAGAGAGAAAUGCGAACCCUGAGUAUGGAGUGCAACCUGGAGCCAAUUACUGUGUCCAUGGCUUAUGUCUACUUUGAGAAGCUCGUCCUUCAAGGCAAGCUCAACAAACAGAACCGGAAACUGUGUGCCGGUGCUUGUGUGCUGCUCGCAGCCAAGAUUAGCAGUGAUCUCAGGAAACACGAAGUCAAACACCUAAUUGAUAAGUUGGAAGAAAGAUUCCGAUUCAACAGACGAGAUCUCAUUGGAUUUGAAUUUACUGUUCUCGUGGCUUUGGAGUUAGCCCUUUACCUUCCAGAUAACCAGGUGUUACCUCACUUCCGUCGUCUCUCACAACAGUCCUAGUCAAAGCUAUAUUAUAAAAAAAAAGCACCAAUCCUUAGGUGGAUUUGGGGACCGCCACCGGGCUUUUCCUAAGUGACAGGAUUAAACUGUGUUAAGAAUAUUCCUGGCAAGGAUUCGAUGGUGGGAUUUUCAUGGAACUUCCAAAGUGGAAAAGACAAUACAGAACUCACGUGUGAGAAGUGGCAGAAGUGGGGGGGUUUUGUUUGAGAAACUAAAGCACAAAUAAUUUGCGUCCACUUGCCACUAAAGUUGCUGAUUAACUUUUUGGGGUUUUUUUUUUUUGGAAACAAUCUCUUCUUCCUGCCUGGCUUUGCUCCUUUAUCAUUUCCUUACUCUCUUUUUUUCCCCUCUUCUUCAAACCUCAAAGAGCAUCACUUCCAUUCCUUUAAUUAGUGUGUGUGAAUAUUCUCCUACAUUUCGAACCAUAAAAACUUGGGGAGGGGAAGAAGAAGGACGUGCCUAAGGCUGGGCUGGUACCAGUCUCUCUUUUUCUCUUUCUCGUUUUGAAAGUUCUGUUACUUAGUGGCAAAUUCUGAACUUUAUCCUUUUGCCUUUAUUUACUUGUGCUGUAAGGGGGGGGGGGAAAUAUCCAUCGUAUCUGCACUAUCAUUUCUGGGAAGGUUGUCCAUGUUGAUUAUUCAGUUUCGUUUUGUUUUUCACUGAAACAUAUUGUUGAAAUAUUGCACUUGUUGAACAAGGAGCCUGUAGCAAAACUGUCUUCAUUUUAAAGUGUCCCUCAGAGUUUGAGUGAAACCAUUGAUUUCACGGCAGUAAUUUUGACAUGGCUUCCAGGACUUAUCUCUUCCUGUUACUGCUUUCUGUAGCCUGAAAGUAAUAACUGUUUUAUUUAUAACAAGGGGUUCAUAUAUUGUCUUUCCUGUGCUACUGACAUGUAAAUGUCUCAGGCAGUACUGCUGUCAUUACCUAUAUUAAGCCAAUGAAACUCAGCAUAUCUAACUUCUGUAAAACAUUUUCCUUAAAAAAAAAAAAAAAGAGGUUCUUCCAAGCUGUUCGUCACUGUGAUGUUCUUCACGAACCUGAUUUUUAACGGCACAUUCAAACCGCCAAAAUCUGAUAAACGCCAAUGUCUAAGUAAUGUGCUGGGUAGAUGCAGUUUUUAUACACUUGGGACAAUACAUUGAUUUAGAUGCUAAAAUAUGAACUUUCUUCUUUCUACAAGAAGAGUCAGUGGCUGUCAGGUUUUAUUUUUUUCCUAAGCAAUAUUGUGAUAUAAAUCAAAGUGUUUGUGUAAUAUGUGUGACAUUUGCCAGUGAACAAAAUUACUAUUUGGGUAUUGUGAUUAAUGUCCACACUCAUACUUUUUUUAGUGUAACUUUGGCCAGUUUUAGUGAGAGCAAAAAAAAAAAAGAGAGAGAGAAAGAUCUUGCAAAAUAAGAGGGCAGAUAAAGGUGCAUCAGUUUAGAAUGUACUACUGCAGGUGUAAAAUCACAUUUUUAAGCACAGGUGCACUGCUAUCAUCAUGACAACGUACAGUAAACAAAGCACACUUGGGAGAAGUUUAGAGAACAAAUUUUCUCUGAUAAGCUGUUUUAUGAUGGUGAUUGCUGUUUAACAAAGGCACUUAAAAAUACCACCACAUGCCUGGUUGAAUCUUAAAUGAUAGAAUCAACUAUUCUGGGCUGUAGAAACUGAGCCUCUCAUUAAAAUAGAGGGCUUUUAGUACCUAGAUUGCCACAAAUUUUAAUUUGGGAAUACAUAGGCUUUGGGAUGGAAAGUUGCAAAGGGGGUUAGAAACAUCUGGAACGAAGGGAGAGAAGAAUAGAAAAACCCAAGAACGCAUUAUUUAGCAUGAAGAGUUUUGAUUUAUCCCUGACCUUCUUGCGCUUAUGCAUGAAUGAACACUAGUUGGAAAAAUAUUUUUAAUCCAAAGUCAUCUUGUUAUUGAAGUCUGAGCCAACCCAAUUGAGAAUGGCUUUCUAAUCAUGGCUUGGAAAUUAAUGCAUCUCAUUGUAUUAAUACCAGUCAAAUCCUAAUUGUAGCAUUUCUUGAUAUAAGGUACAGUAGCUUAACACUUGCUCACAACCAAAAAUGUGGCAUGUUGCAUUUCUUUAUGGAUUUUGACAGUGUAGGAUGCCAUCCCAGUUUUUCCCAGGAAACUUUAGAAAUAAUUGGGUGGGGGUGUUAAAAAUCACCUGAACAGAAAGUGAGAUUGUUUUUUACACUAUUCUUCCAAACUUGUUAAACAGUACUAACUUAAGCACAGCUGACUUGACUAACUAUAGUGUGUUCUGAAAUAUUUACCAACUUAGUUUUCCAAGUAAGGCAGGUGUUAUCUUUUUUCAGGCAAAUACAGUUGUCAGAAGGCUGCUUGAAAAGACUGUCAUAAUUAAACUCUGGAGAGAAAAAAAUCCUUUGGAAAAACGUAAAGUUUAGUUAAAACGUUUACUGAUACGCAGGCAUUUGGACGAGUAAGUUUCUACUGCAGCUGGUUGCUGGUUUCCAGAGGCCGUUAAUAUAGCACAGGGUUCUUCCAACUUGGCUCUUUUAUGAUUUGUGGACUUCAACUCCCAGAAUUCCUUAGCCAGCAUGCCUGGCUAAGGAAUUCUGGGAGUUGAAGUCCACAAGUCAUAAAAGGGCCAAGUUGGAAGACCCCUGGUAUAGCCUCUGAGAGUUGGGAAGCAUAUUUGGGUAGGAGAAGGCUAUUCUCCUUGUAAUACUUAAAAGCAUGCUCACUCAAAACAUCUUAAGGCAUAAGGCAAUGGUACGAGUUCACCUUUUCAAAUAAUAAAGUGGAUUUAUAAUGACCAACGGUACAAUUUUUAAAAGAAGUCUAUUUUAGCACCAAGGGCCCACCUGUAAAUCAGGGAUUCUGAUUUUCUCUCCCUCUUCCAAUUAUCUCUAUACUUGCAAAUUUGCAGUGGUCUAUAUAUUGACAAAAGGCUUGUUCUGGUCUUUUAUUAACAUGGAAAUAUAUUUUGGAUGGAAGAGACUGAAAAUCUUGCCUAAUAGUCGAGACAGUGUUGCUUCAGGAUUCAAAAGAAUGAGGAAUUGAGUAUCAUCAUUUUUUUUAAUUUUGACUUUGUACAUUGAGUCACAUAGAACCGUUCAACUAUUGAAUACUGUAGUGAAUAUGGAGAGUGUGAUGUGUUUGUAAUUUCAUACCUUAAUUUUUGGGGUUGAUUCUCAUUCACCUGAGACUCACUGUAUUCCUUGUUCAUGCAAUAUCUGCCACUGCGUGGUAACUAUUAUUAUUACAACCAAACUUAGAUCCAGUGUAAAAUCCCAGUUUACUAUCUUUGGAGUAAGAUACUAAUCUUUUGACAAUUGAAGUUUAAAUUAUAGAUUCUUAUGUAAAUAAUGGUGCUUGUAUACGUUCAGCCCAAGAAAACACUCCGAAUUGGAGUUUGUAUAUUUUUCUGUUAGUAGAUUUGUGUUGUCCUAAAUUUAAAUUUCUGCUUUGUAUAUUGUCUGACUUUGUUCUUCCAAAUGAAAUGAAUGAAUUUGUUAAUAACGGAAUGUUUGUGUAACUGAAUGUUUUGAUACCUAUUUUAUAACUUAGCACAUCUGAAUAUAUUUCAGGUUUGUGUCAUAAAUAACCCUUUAAAACAUU